GCGAUAAUCGCCUGGUACUUCCGCUGCGAAUCAAGGAUCACGAUCACGUUCUACGAGUAGUUUCAAAACUGGAACAACUUCCUCCCAUCGUUGAUUUUGUUUUCCUUUAUAUUUACGAGCAAUGUCUCUGUUCGGUGAAUAUCCAUGUAUCAAUCAAACAAUUGCUCCAAGUUACAUUUCAUUUACUUCAGCGGCAAUAUCAGUUCCGAUGUGCUUGUUUACCAUCGCUGGCAACCUUCUCGUGGUAUUGGCAAUUUUCAUGGACCCCAACAAAGAUCUAAAAUCGCCGUUUAAUUACUUUGUGGCGAACCUAGCCAUCAGCGACCUUGUGGUGGGAUUUGUCGUCGACCCGUUAUCCUUUGCAUAUCAUCUGAGCGAAGGAGUUUCAAGGAAAUAUCCAGCCCCAUUGGCUUACAUCCACAUGCCAUACUUCAUCUCGUGUACGGCGUCUGUUCUCAGUUUAGCGGCUUUGACUGUGGAUCGACUCUGGGCGAUAACGUCUCCGUUGACUUACCGAACAAAGCUGAACCCUAAGCGAGCAGGCUUUGUGGCGGCUGGUAUAUGGGCCUUUUCACUAAGCUUCCCGUUUAUUUACUUUGUGACGGGCUACCUGACUUACGCAUUUGUCUUCGCUCACACUGUCAUAAUUUUCACUUUCCUGGUCAUGUUGACAACGUAUUACAAGAUUUUUCGCGUAUUGAAAAAUCAAGUGAAACAGUGGGACUCGAUGGAUCACACGAACGUGGACAAUCAGGCCAAGAGACAGGCGGCAAGAUGGGAACAGAAAGUGACAAAGACUUUUAUCAUUAUUUUGGCCCUCUUCUUAGCAUGUUAUCUACCUUCCUGUAUUUCCAUCUACAUCACGAAUCUCUGCAGUGCCUGCAGUUGUACGUUUAUUCACUGGGUCAGAGAUUUUCACUUCCUUUUGAUACUUGCCAACUCAGGGGUGAACCCCUUUAUUUACGCCUGGCGAUUUGACAAUUUCAGAAAAGCGUUUCAAAAGCUUCUGUCCUGUAAAAAUUGUUCAUGUCAUCGUCAAGGAAGAGCUGUAGAAUUAAACACCCUCCCGGAGAGUACGACGAGUGACACUACCGCGCGCCGUAAAACUAAUCGAGUCAUGUCUCUGUUUGGUGAAUAUCCGUGCACUAAUCAAUCAGUUGCUCCAAUCUACAUCUCGUUUACUACGGCCACGAUAUGUGUUCCGCUGUGUCUAUUCACCAUCGCCGGAAAUUUACUCGUCGUGUUAGCAAUCUUCAUCGAUCCAAACAAAGAUCUCAAGUCACCUUUUAACCAUUUUGUGGCCAACCUUGCCAUUAGCGAUCUAUUGGUGGGAUUCGUCGUUGACCCGACUGCGGUGGUGUACCAUGUAAAGGAAGGAGUUGAGAGGAAACUGCCACCUUUACCCUACAUUCACAUGCCGUACUUCAUUUCGUGUACAGCUUCUGUUCUCAGUUUGGCAGCUUUAACAUUGGAUCGAUAUUUGGCGAUAACUUCUCCGCUAACCUACAGAACAAAAUUGAAUCCUAAGCGAGCAGGUUUUGUGGCGGCUGGCAUCUGGUUAUUCUCACUAAGUUUCCCAUUCAUAUACCUUGUUACAGGCUACCUUACAUAUUCAUUUGUCUUUCUCCACACAGUCGUAAUUGGCACUCUCUUAGUCAUCCUUCUAACAUAUCUGAAGAUAUUUCGAGUGUUCAAAGAUCAAGUGAGACAGUGGGAUUCUUUGGAUCAAACGAACGUGGACAAUCAGGCGAGGAGACAGGCGGCAAGAAGGGAACAGAAAGUGACGAAGACCUUUAUUAUUAUGCUGACCCUCUUCUUAGCAUGCUAUCUGCCUUCCUGUAUCUGCAUUUACAUUAUUAAUUUAUGCACAGUCUGCAGUUGCACACUUAUUCACUGGGCAAGAGAUAUUCCUUUCCUUCUGAUCUUAGCCAAUUCAGGAGUGAACCCGUUUCUGUAUGCCUGGCGGUUUGAAAAUUUCAGGAAAGCGUUCAUGAAGCUUUUGAGGAACAGAAAGUGUUGUCGACAACGAAGCCAAAGAACCUUAAGAUUUGACAACGUCGCCAUGGAGACAAUGGACAACUGAGUUAAAGCAGUGACUAGUAAAAGGCUACAAAUGGAGAACAAAAAGUAACCAAGGCUGCUAUCGCAGUAUAGGCUUUGUUCUUACUGUAUCUCGGGUUGUAAGUUUAUACCGGCAGUCAGUCAGAGAUUUUCAUUUUACUUUGAUCCUCGCCAUUUCAGGAGUGAACGCGUUUGUUCGUGCUCAGGCUCCGAAAAGCGUUUUUAAAAUCUUCUGACGUGGAGAGAGUGUUUAGAAUUAGAAUUUGACAUCUUCAGAGGGAAUACCGCACGUUAUUAAAAGGAGCAAACUGUAAACAUGUUAAAUACGGCGAACUUUAAAAAUCUUUUAAGAUACUA